AUGGCCCCUCUCGUCUGGUUCAUCACCGGUGGCUCCUCGGGCUUCGGAUACCAACUCUCGCUCCACGCACUGGCCGCCGGACACAACGUCAUCGCGACGGUACGAAACACCACCAAAUCCGCCGACGCAGUCAACGGAAUCGAGUCGCGAGGCGGAAAGGUCAUCGAGCUGGACGUCACUAAUGCCGAGACCGUCCCCGACGUGGUCAAGAAAGCAGAGAGCAUCUACGGACGCGUCGACGUUCUCGUGAACAACGCUGGGUAUUCGCUUCUCGGCGCAAUUGAAGAUAUUAGCGAUGACGAAGCCCUCGCGCAAUUCAACACCAACUUCCUCGGUCCCCUACGACUUAUUCGCUCGUUCCUGCCGUCCCUACGCGCCCAGGGAAACGGAACAAUUGUCAAUGUCAGCAGUAUCGCGGGCCAGAAUGCCCUGCCGUCGUGCGGUCUGUACGCGUCGAGUAAAUUCGCGCUCGAGGCGUUAUCCGAAUCGCUAGCUCAGGAAGUCGCGCCAUUCAAUAUCUCCGUGUUGAUCGUUGAGCCGGGCGGUUUCCGCACGAACUUCCUCUCCGCAGUGCAGAAGACUGAGACUUCGUUGUCGGAGCCCUAUCGAGGAGGACCGGUGGAUGAAAUGCUUGGGAAGUUCGAGAGCGCGCAGGGGAAGCAGCCAGGCGAUGCUGAGAAGGCAGCCGCGCGGAUCUUUGGGGCUGUGACGGGUGAGGGCGUUGGUGGGGAAUUGAAGGGGAGGGUUUUGAGACUGCCACUGGGACCGGAUUGUGUGAACAGACUGGAAGUCAAGUUGAAGAGUGUUUCUGCUGAUUUGGAAGCGUCGAGGGAUGUGGCUAUGAGUACGAAUAUCGAUGAGUAA